AUGGCGAGCGCCGCGAAUGCAGGAAACACAAUAAAAGUGGUUGCGCGGUUUCGUCCCCCGAACAAGGCAGAGCUAGCGAGUGGAGGAGAUCAAAUAGUGGAUUUCGAGACGGAUGAUACAUGCAGCAUCAAUUCUCAUGAAGCAGCCGGCGCAUUUACCUUUGACCGGGUAUUCGACACAACCUCGCGGCAAACAGAUGUCUUCGAUUUCUCAAUCCGCUCUACGGUCGACGACAUACUCAACGGCUACAAUGGCACGGUCUUCGCCUAUGGGCAGACUGGGGCGGGGAAGUCCUACACGAUGAUGGGCGCCGAUAUUGACGAUGAGGAUCAAAGAGGAAUCAUACCCCGGAUAGUGGAGCAGAUGUUUACCAGCAUAUUACGGAGUCCUGGGAACAUCGAAUACACCGUUCGGGUUAGCUAUAUGGAGAUCUAUAUGGAAAAAAUCCGGGAUCUGUUGGUACCUCAGAAUGACAAUCUACCGAUACACGAAGAGAAGAGCAGGGGAGUCUAUGUCAAGGGCCUCUUGGAAAUCUACGUCUCGAGUGUCCAAGAAGUCUAUGAGGUCAUGAGGAGAGGAGGUGCUGCCAGGGCUACGGCUGCGACGAACAUGAACCAAGAGUCUUCACGGUCACACUCGAUCUUUGUCAUCACUAUCACCCAGAAGAAUGUUGAGACAGGCUCAGCUAAAAGCGGGCAACUCUUCCUCGUCGAUCUUGCUGGUAGCGAAAAGGUUGGGAAGACAGGUGCCAGUGGACAGACGCUUGAAGAAGCUAAGAAAAUAAACAAGAGUUUGAGCGCGCUGGGAAUGGUGAUCAACUCGCUCACAGACGGCAAAUCGACACACAUACCGUACCGAGACUCGAAGCUCACUCGGAUUCUGCAAGAAUCACUGGGUGGUAAUUCCAGGACUACCUUGAUCAUCAAUUGCUCGCCAAGCAGCUAUAACGAUCAAGAGACCCUAAGUACACUGAGAUUUGGUGUCAGGGCUAAGGCUAUCAAGAACAAGGCCAAGAUCAACGCUGAGCUCAGUCCACUGGAAAUGAAGCAGCUACUGAAGAAAGCGCAAAACCAAGUCACGACGUAUGAGGUCUACGUCUCAAGCUUAGAAGGAGAGGUCCAAUCAUGGCGCAGCGGGGAGACAGUACCCAAAGAGAAAUGGGCUCCUGCAUUAGCUGCUGGUGGAGUAGCCGGUGCGCGAGCAGAGUCGCGUCCUGGCAGACCAGGCACACCAUCCAGAUUGCAAGAAAUUGGCAGGUCAGAGACACCCAGCCGAUCGGAAUCGAGAACUGGAGAUCGAGCUUCUACUCCUAGCAUUGUACUCGAAAAGGACGAGCGAGAGGAGUUUUUGCGACGAGAAAACGAGCUGCAGGACCAGGUGGCCGAGAAAGAGUCUCAACUAUCUACAGCAGAACAGGCUUUAAAAGAGGCGAAGGAAGAGCUUCAAUUAUUGAAAGAGAACAGCUCUCGAAAAGGCAGAACAAAUGAGAAGCUUGGCAGCGAGGUGAACGAAUUGAAGAUGCAGCUUGAGAGAGUAGCAUUCGAGAGUAAAGAGGCUGCCAUUACCAUGGACGGCUUGAAGGAAGCCAACUCGGAACUUACCACCGAGCUGGACGAGGUCAAGCAGCAGCUGCUUGACGCAAGAAUGAGCGCCAAGGAGACGAACGGUGUUCUCGAUGAAAAGGAGAAGAAAAAAGCGGAACGAAUGGCACAGAUGAUGGCCGGCUUCGAGAUGGGAGAUGAUUCUUUCUCAGACAACGAAAGCAAGAUCCGAAGAUGCAUACAACAGGUCGAUGCCCUUCAUGAGACUAGUGCUGCGGGAGAGAUGAUUGCGCCUAACGAGCUGCAGGAACUGAGGAUCAGACUGGUCGAAGCGGAAGGUAUCGUUCGGCAAGCGGAUGUGAGCUCGAAUGCCACAACCGAGCUAGGUGAUGAUCGAGACCGAAGAAGAGAUCUUGUUGAGCGACUAGCGACCGUCGAACAGGAGUACGAAGAGCUAAUGGAGCGCAACCUCUCUGAAGCGGACAUCGACGAGGUCAAGAGCAGGCUGUCAGAACUCUACACCAGCAGGAGGGAAACACAAGCUCAAAUGAUCAAAGACAUGCGAGAAGACCUGGCGCGAAAGGACGAGGAGAAUCAUCGUCUGAAAAUGAGCGUCGAAGAAUCUCAACGUGCUCCCAGGACCAACGGGGCAACUCAACCGACAGCAACCAGCAGGACUGUUCAACAGCAGAUCGCCGACUUUGACGUCAUGAAGAAGUCGCUGAUGCGGGAUCUUCAAAAUCGCUGCGAACGUGUGGUGGAGCUCGAGAUAUCCUUAGACGAGACCCGCGAGCAGUAUAACAAUGUGCUUAGAUCAUCCAACAACCGGGCACAGCAGAAGAAGAUGGCCUUUCUAGAGCGAAAUCUAGAACAGCUAACCCAUGUGCAAAGACAACUUGUUGAGCAAAACGGAAGUCUCAAGAAAGAAGUCGCGAUUGCGGAGAGGAAGCUGAUGGCAAGAAAUGAGCGAAUUAUGAGUUUAGAGGCGCUACUGCAGGAUAGUCAAGAAAAGUUGACGGCAGCGAACCACAGGUUCGAAGCACAACUCACCGCAGUCAAAGAGCGACUCGAAGCCGCCAAGCACGGCUCCACGCGUAACAUGUCAUUAGCAUCUAACAACCCUGUCGGUUUCAACUUUGGAGGAGCAGGGUCGCGGAUAGCAAAACCCUUACGAGGGGGCGGCGCGAACGAGCAAAUGAACGGCGCAGGUCCCAACCUGCCUGUAUUGAGUGGGCUGCAGGCGCAAGAGGCAAACGGUAGUCCAGGCGGGAAGAGGAGCAGUUGGUUCUUUGAUCGCCGUUGA